CAUAACUCACCUCGACACCUUCAACGACGAACAAUGGAUGGCCAUUCAGCCCAAACCUUACAAUCAUCUGAAAUACCCUCUGAACAGCCUCAGGUAGAGGAAGUAAAAAUGGAACCUACCUCAAAUACUACUUCUUCUUCAUCACCAAACGUCAAUCCACCAUCAUCUCAGCCCACUGCCAAUGACACUCCAAAACACCAAGCUACCGACAUCAAGGUAUGGCGGCCUUCGGCAGAUGCGCGGCCCCCUCCCCGACCGGAAUUAUCAGAUCAAUAUUUCGUUCCGACUGCUGCAGAGGCUCAACGAGCAUUUUCAGGUCAAGUUGCAACACGAGAGAGACUUACAGAUGCUCCAAUGUUAACCAAAUCUCUAAGAGAUCGUGAAGCAAUGGCAAAGAAAAAUGAACGAUAUUCUAGGUUCCCAAUCACUCGGAUUCGUAUAAGGUUUUCUAAUCGUACAAUGUUGGAAGGCGCUUUUCAAAGUCAAUCCACCAUGAGAGUAGUUUAUGCCUUUGUCAAAGCCUCUUUGGUGGAAGAUGUGCGUUCGCAGGCGUUUAUAUUAUAUCAAACACCACCUCGACGAGAAUUCAAGCUGACAGAUCCUGCAAUAAGCACGAAGACUUUACUUGAACUUCAACUCACGCCGUCUUCCCUAUUUUAUAUCAAGUUCACCGAUGAGGCCUUGAAUCAAACCCAGCGUGUACCACCAUUACUUCCAGAUUUGUUAGCACAAGCUCAAGACCUACCACCACCUCCUAACUUGGACCAGGAUAACCCAAGCAAUCCAAGUGCAGUUACUAAUGCGAUUGACAAAGGAAAACAAAAGUUAGAUGACGUUUUGAAAAGUGGUGCGAAGGCGCCAAAGUGGCUACAGAACUUGAAAAAGAAAUGAUAUGUAGUGAUGGCUAUUUAUCUCAUGAUUUUCCAGGUCAUAGAGAUAUAUAUCUCAUAGCUGGGCAUCCUUGUUUCGCGAUCGGCUGGAUUGUUACAUGAGUUUGGAUGGAAAGGUGUAUCACAUGUAAUACUUAACGUCAUCUUUGAAAAAUCAAGGGCAUUCAUCCGCCAUUAGAUAUGUACAUCGUAGACCCAUGGGCUCACAUUGAGGAGAUCGACACACAGACAUGAGAGUCACCUUUUUGCGCUAUUUCAAACCCCAAUGAAACUUAUCACAGUGCCUCAGAUGU